AUAUCACUGCAUUGUUGUAUGAAACCAUAACAUUUUAUUAUUAUUAAGAAACACAUCAACACUAUUGUUUUUUUUUUUGUUUUUUUUACUUUAACAUGAAAAUGCAAUGAACCUCUAUGGGGUAAUUUUGAAUCUUAACUGGGUGUGAUAUUUACCAUUUUGCAAAUAGAAAUAGGCAUUCAAGUCUAAAGAUAACAGAAGAAAUAAGUCAGAAAUCAGUCAGCGCUGCAUGAAACUAACGUGUGAGGUUUUUAUUUUGAAGAACAACACAUGUCUUUUUGUAAUGAUGUAAAGAGUUCCAUAAGCAACCACUCAAAUAAUGCUGGUUCUUGUUGCUCAGCAGUUCAGUAAGUAACAUGGCGACUGUGGUGACAGUUGUGGGUUUGAUUCCAGCUUCCUUGCGCCACAUGUUGGUGUGCUGCUAGAUUUGGUGCAAGUCCUCCAGGCCAGCAGGGGGCCAUCAGCAGCUGUAAAGUAGGCCUCUUUGGCCAGGUCAUCAGUGAUACAGCACAGUCUGAGCUGAAGAGAGGGCUUCUGGGUCCUGAGAGGCGCAGGUAUGGGGAAGGACUACUACAAGACCCUUGGGAUCCCCAAAGGCUCCAACGAGGAUGAGAUCAAGAAGGCCUACCGACGGAUGGCGCUGCGCUUCCAUCCGGACAAGAACACAGAUCCAAACGCGGAGGAGAAAUUCAAGGAAAUCGCAGAGGCCUAUGAGGUUCUCAGUGACCCCAAGAAAAGGGUCAUCUACGACCAGCUGGGAGAGGAAGGUUUGAAGACAGGAGGCAGCAGCUCUUCUGGCGCUCCUGGCAGCUCGACGCAUCACUACACUUUCCAUGGCGACCCUCACGCCACCUUUGCCUCUUUCUUCGGGGGCUCCAACCCUUUCGACAUGUUCUUCGGCUCCAGCCGCAGCCACAGCCGCUCCAACGGUUUCCCCUUCCACAACGACCACAGCAACGGCACAGAGCAGGACACAGAAAUGGAUGAGGAUGACCCCUUUGCUCAUUUUGGGAGACAGUUUGGCUUUCCUGGAGGAAUGAACAAUGGCUUUCCAGGGGAGGGUCGCAGGAGGAGGGGGCCAACCCCGUCAGAGCGCCUGGGAACCAACCGGAAGCACCAGGACGCGCCGGUGGUCCACGAGCUGAAGGUCUCACUGGAGGAGAUCUUCCACGGCUGCACCAAACGCAUGAAGAUCACUCGCCGCAGGCUGAAUCCAGACGGUAGGAGCAUGAGAACGGAGGAUAAGAUCCUCAACAUCGUCAUCAAGAAGGGCUGGAAGGAGGGGACCAAGAUUACUUUCCCAAAGGAGGGGGACGAGACCCCAGAGAACAUUCCUGCCGACAUAGUGUUUGUGCUUAAAGACAAGGGACAUGCCCACUUCAAAAGAGACGGUUCCAAUAUCAUUUAUAACUGCAAGAUAACCCUAAAAGAGGCGCUGUGUGGCUGCACUCUUAGUAUUCCCACGCUGGAAAACCGCGUCAUCUCGCUCCCUUGCCACGACAUCAUCAAGCCAGGAACGUUGAAGCGGGUCAGGGGGGAAGGUCUGCCUUUCCCCAAGAACCCGUCGCAGCGCGGUGACCUCAUCGUGGAGUUUUCUGUCCGUUUUCCUGACAGGAUCCCCCCGCAGUCCCGAGAGAUUAUCAGACAGCACCUCCCCCAGUCGUAGGAGGACCCCUCUGAGCCCUCCACCGGCAAAUAAAACUACCCAUCAUACAA